CUCUAGUAGCGCAUAUACUACACAUAAAUCAAUUCUAACAAGUUGAAACUGUUUUGACGUUAAAAAACCAGUUUGUGAGUUCUGUGUUUUUAUUUCCCGUCGUGAAUAAAGCAAUAAUUAUAUUUUCAAGAUGACUAUGGCUAUGCUUCAACGAAGAGCUAAUGUAAGGCUGCCUCCAGAAGUGAACAGGGUAUUAUAUAUAAGGAAUCUGCCGUAUAAAAUUACCGCUGAAGAAAUGUACGAUAUUUUUGGCAAAUAUGGAGCUAUCAGACAAAUCAGGGUGGGUAAUACUGCCGAAACUAGAGGAACAGCUUUUGUUGUUUACGAGGAUAUAUUUGAUGCAAAGAAUGCUUGCGAUCAUCUAAGUGGAUUUAAUGUUUGUAAUAGAUAUCUGGUAGUUUUAUAUUAUCAAAGUAAUAAAGCAUUUAAACGGGUUGAUGUGGACAAGAAGAUGGAAGAAAUAGAUAAGUUGAAAACAAAAUACAAUUUGAACGAGGAGAAAAAAUAAUGCAACUCUUGUAAAUAAAGCGAAAUAUGGAAAUAAUCCAUUUUGUGAUACAAACUAUUUAAUUUGCAGAAACUUUUCUUUGUAUAUUAUCAUUUUAAAAUAAAUAUUGUUUUAAAUAUAUAUAUAUAUAUGACAAACAAUUCAAUAAACGAUUUUAUCUACUAUA